AUGAACCUUCCCUUAAAGGGCAUCUUGGCCUUCAGUACCGGACGUGAUAAUCCUGUUAUGGUUGCAGCUAAUGGACCUUUCUAUCCCCGGGAUUGCGUGGUUACAGAACCACCAGUCACACGUUUGGACUACGUUAGAGACAGUUGGAUGAACCACACAGAUAAAUUCCUACAUACGUUUCCAGGGAAUCUGUAUAACCCAGUCCUCAUGGACACUUCCAGAACUCAUCAUUCCAUGCAGAUGCUUCAACAACCCGAUUCAACCCCAGAGGCAAGGGUGAUUGUCGAGGAUCCAGGUGUUAAGAAGGAAGAUGUCCCUGCCAAGAAGAGAUCAGUUGCUGCUGUUCCAAAACUCUCCAAGGGGAAGAAGUCAAAGAAAGGUCCUUCUUUGCCUAAGGAAAUUGGUAACUCCUCUGUUCAGCGUGCUAAAACUUCAAAGAAGAAUGUAGACAUUAUAAUAAAUGGAAUUGAUAUGGAUAUUUCUGGUAUUCCAAUUCCCAUUUGCUCAUGUACCGGCACUCCCCAACAAUGUUAUCGAUGGGGAUUUGGUGGUUGGCAGUCAGCCUGUUGCACCACAACCAUAUCAAUAUAUCCCUUGCCAAUGAAUACGAAAAGACGUGGAGCAAGAAUUGCUGGACGGAAGAUGAGUCAGGGUGCUUUCAAGAAGGUUUUGGAGAAAUUCGCAUCAGAAGGCUAUAACUUUGCUAACCCAAUUGAUCUGAAGAUGUACUGGGCAAAACAUGGUACCAACAAGUUUGUGAUCAUCAGUGUCGCGCGACACUGUGGCGAACGGCAUCGUCGCGUCGCGACGCUGCUCCAUUCAGUGGCAAUGAAGCGUCGGACCCCGCGAAAGGAACAGCGUCGCGCGCCGCUGGCGUUCCUGAAAGGAGCAGCGUCACGAGAUGUGUGCCUUUCGUGGGGCACAUCAGCGUCACUGAAUGAAGCAGCGUCCUCGAAGGCGCAGCACAUCAGCGAUGAAACCACUGCUUGA